AUGGCAACCUGCACAAGCAAAAGUUCCAAAUCAGUCCGCCAAGCCAUCCAACUCAAGCAAGUGAUGAAGCUCUGGAAGGCCAUUAGCAUCGUCAAUGGUAAAACCAACCCCACUCCUUCUGGAUUCCUUCCUGUUUAUGUUGGAUGGGAUCGAAUCCGGUUCUUGAUUCCUACCAGAUUCCUCAAAUAUCCGAUAUUCUUGGCUCUUCUUGACAAGUCCGGAGAGGAAUUUGGGUUCAAGAUCAGUGGAGGAUUAGUGUUGCCAUGUGAUGUUGAGUUCUUCAAAGAAGUUCUCAAUUUGCUCCAGAAGGAUGAAAAGAGGAACGGCGGCUUAGAGCUUGAUCAGUUCCUGAAGAAAAUACCGGAGGUGAGUACUCAUUUUGAUUCCUCUACUUGCAACUGUUGCAUCAAGGAAGAUGGCAAUGCUUAUGGUCAUUUUGUUGGACUUGGAGAACCUUUGAUGGAGAAAGCAUAA